AUGUCUGUUGUUAUCGAACCUCGUCGUGGAGGAGGCCAUUCAGGAGGAGGUCAUUCAGGAGGAGGCCAUUCAGGAGGAGGCCAUUCAGGUGGAGGUCAUUCAGGUGGAGGUCAUUCAGGUGGAGGUCAUUCAGGUGGAGGUCGUUCAGGCUCAGGUUCGAAACCUAAAAAUCCCAACGGGAAUAGGCCAGCCGUUGCAGGUGGCAAACCCCAUCACUAUAAAAGCAGCAGCAGCAGCGAAGAAAAGAAACAUACGAAAACAUCAAGUAAACAUCACAAAAAAACCAAGACCAAAAAGCACAAGAAAAAGUCAAAGACUCAUUCACCGAAUUCUAUAACCACAGCCAAUGAAAAGCAACACAAGGAGCAAGUUACUAGUAUACAUUCAUUUCCUACUACAUUAACACUGAGAACUAUUGAGAAACGGGACAUUUCGAUGAAUAUACCUGUAAUGACAUCUAUCCCUGGACAUGGGUUGUCAGAUGUCAUACCUUCGGGAUCUUCUGUUUCCUGUAUGGACAACUUUACAGGGUUGUCUCCCAAUACGUUAUAUUGUGUCGCUGGUGGUGUUUUUGGUUUGUUUGUUUUGGUGGCUGGCAUUUAUCAUGUCUUUUCAAGAUCAGGUCGCUUUUCCAGAGACAAAGGCUUGGAAAAUGAUGCUUAUUAUAUUCAUUUACCUGGCGCGGACGAUUCCAUGGAAGAUGCGGAAAAAAAUCAUGGCGAAUCGAUAGAUCAAGCAUCGAAGGAUGAUAGAAAGUUGUCGGAGAAGGCUUGA